AUGGCCAACAAGCUCGCUGGUUUGCAUGAAGCCCAACUGAAUAGCAAUGUCGAUCGCCUACACUUCCAGCUAACAGCAGAUAGCAGCAAUAAUCGCAAGAAGAAAGCGAGCGUGUGGUUCACAUCCAAGUUGACUUUAGACGCGAUGCUGGCAAGAAACUUGGCGCGCGUGAAGAGCUUGCUGCGUCGCCAGCCAACGCAGUCGCUGCGCUUCCUGGCGACAGCGGACGAGUCCAAAGCCGUUAAGCCUGCUGCGCCCAAAUUUCGCAAGAAAAAGACGUUCCAGUUCUCAGGAGAGGACGUUGAGAAGACGACACCACUUGAGGAGUUCGAGUACCCUUCGUACUGGGAUGUGGACUACCCCGCAGACUUUGACAACGAGAUGAAGCACGAGGUGGAGAAGCUGCAGAUUUUCGCCGACUUUACGCCGUACCUGGACUUGUCGUGGCAGACGCAGAUCCACCCGCUGUUCGACGGGACGCCUAUCAAGAUGACGCUCAACUGCCCGCUGGAGGACUUUGACGAGCGGCUUUUCGUGGACGACAAGACCACGUACGACACCAAGGUGAUUAUGGAGGUGCCUAUGGCCUGCUUCAAGGGCCUUAACAAGGAGGCCAAGGCCAUCGUCGCACAGCUCGCUGGCCCACGCUACAACGCCAACAAGAAGAUGAUCAAGAUCGCCGAGGACCGCUACAACAAGCGCGUGCUUAACCACAAGCGGAUCUGCGAUAUCCUGCGCGACCUUACGCAGACGGCACUCGAACUCAGCUCAGACUGGUCAGAGGAGGCCUUCAAGAAGACUGAGAAGACCGAGCAGUAG